AUGGCGUCGUCAUCUCAGAAAAUGACCGGUGCUUGUUUCUUCGUGCUCUUCAUUUUCGUCGUAUGUGCUUUUACAGCGACGCGUCUCCGGAACGAUGAAAUCUCACGAUCGAGGAAGCUGAAAACAGAGGAUUCGCAAAGUUUUAACAGUUCAACAAUGGCGAUCAGGAGUGAACAGAACAUUACUAAAAGAAGAAAGCUUGGUUUCUUAUCAUGUGGAAACGGCAAUUUAAUCGACGACUGUUGGCGUUGUGAUCCAAACUGGCACAAGAACCGUAAACGCCUCGCCGGUUGUGGAAUGGGUUUCGGUAGUAACGCAAUCGGUGGUCGUGACGGACGUUUCUACGUCGUCAUCGAUCCAACAGACGAAGACGUCAUCAACCCUAAUCCAGGAACGCUACGCCACGCUGUGAUCCAAGACGAGCCACUUUGGAUCAUCUUCGAGAGAGACAUGGUGAUAAAUCUGAAACAAGAACUGAUCAUGAACAGUUACAAAACCAUUGACGGUCGUGGUGCUAACGUACACAUAGCCAAUGGUGCUUGCAUAACCAUCCAAGAUAUUAAAAACGUCAUCAUUCACGGCUUACACAUUCACGAUUGUAAAAAAACUGGCAACACGACGGUUAGAAGCUCGCCGUCUCAUUAUGGGCAUAGGAAUAUUACUGAUGGUGAUGCUAUUUCGAUAAUGGCGUCAAGUCAUAUUUGGAUUGAUCACAACUCUCUCUCUCAUUGCAAGGAUGGUCUUGUUGAUGUCAUCCAAGGUUCCACUUCCAUUACCAUAUCCAACAACCUUUUCACUCACCAUGAUGAGGUCAUGUUGCUAGGCCACUCUGAUUCAUACACAAAAGAUAAGAUGAUGCAAGUGACCAUUGCGUAUAACCAUUUUGGAGAAGGACUUCAUCAGAGAAUGCCUAGGUGUAGGCAUGGUUAUUUCCAUGUGGUUAACAAUGAUUACACACAUUGGGAAAUGUAUGCCAUUGGAGGAAGCGCAAACCCGACAAUCAACAGUCAAGGCAAUAGAUUUGCUGCUCCUAAUAACCGCUCAGCGAAAGAGGUUACAAAAAGGGUGAAUACAGAGGAAAGUGAGUGGAAGAAGUGGAAUUGGAGAUCAGAAGGGGACAUGCUUGUUAAUGGAGCGUUUUUCAUACCAUCAGGGGAAGGAGCAUCAGCAAGCCAUGCAAGUGCCUCGAGCUUAUUAGCGGCACAACCAGCAUCAAUGGUUGACUCAAUCACUUCUAGUGCAGGUCCACUUGGUUGCAAAAUAGGCAAACCUUGCUAG